AAAUACAACAAUAAUGAAAUCUUCAUUGUAAACGUUGUAGUGUAUGCGAUCUUGCCUUGUUUUAUUUGCGCUGCUGCGCAUACAGUCAAGCAGUGCGCCGGUCUAUCCGGUGAUGUGUGUUUGUGUGUGUGUGUGUGCGUGUGUGUGUGUGUGCCUGUGCGUGUGUGUGUGUCUCUCUCUCUGUGUGUGUGUGUGUGUGUGUGUGUGUGUGUAAGACAGUGGCUCGAGAUGUCCACGCUCUCCACCGCUGUUCUGGUGAUCCGAUAGUAGUGAAAAGCCACCACUAGUCGCCCCCAGUGCUCUUGCAGUCUCCAAUUUUUCUUUCCCACUGUAGACUUAACGUCACGUCCGCACUUGAACUUGAAUUUUAUCCCAUUGUACGGAGGCAGCCCUCGCCACAGAGAGACAGAGAGGUCCCGGAGAAGCAGGACUCCGCCAUCUUCAUACAGGCAGAAAAGGGAAAAAAGGUCUUCAUUCAUCUGGAAAGGAGGUGGCAAGUCCAUGUCCAUGGUCUACGGUCCGCAAAGCCGAAUAGGGGGAGCAAGCGCAAAGAGUUGGAGAGAGUGCAAAGAAACCGGGCAUCGCAUGCAAUAGUGCCCUGGAGAGGCGUAGAAUUGUCCAGCGCUUGGCACACUCCAGUGCCUAGGAAAAAUUGGAUUCCUUUUAUCCAAUUAAAAAAAGUAAUUAUUAUUUACCUUUUUUAUUUAUUUAUUAUUAUUAUUAUUAUUGUUUUUACUCAGAAACAUUUUAAUUGCCUUUGACAUAUCCGUAAGGCGCAGAGUGGACGAAGAGAGAAAGAGGCACUUGAGAGUCCAAGCUGUCCAAACGCACCGGGCAUCGCAUUUCUGAUCUCCCUCACAAGGCACAAGAGACUUUUCCAGUGAUUUCUUCACAACUGUCACUUAUCAAGGAUAUUUUUACACUGCUGAAGUGCAUGUGUCUGUCGAUGAGAUACUGAGCGCCUGCGCGACUCUGGUCAUCUGGAGAGCCGGAGUGCGCAAAGACACUUUCGUUUCUCUCACAUCCAAGGGACCUCUAUCUGUAUCCACGGCCAGGAGCCGUGGCAGUUCUUUGGAAGUCCCGGGAAAAGUUAGUUAGUGAGGGGGGCGGGAAAAGCCCACGCCACGGACACAGAGGACAGAAGAAGCGAGCCGAUCAUUCCUUGUGCGGGUCUCUGGGCGAUGCCAGUGUAAAUGCCAGGGCAAUGUCCCGUCGCAAGCAGGGAAACCCUCAGCAUUUGUCGCAAAGAGAAAUUUUAACACCGGAAGCGGAGCAUGUGGGCGUGGGACUGGCCGUGGCUGAUUUCCACUCUCACCCGCUGCUGGAUCCCAGAAUGCCUGGGCAUCUACCUCCAGGCCUGGGUGACCACGACCUCCUCACCUGCGGCCAGUGCCAACUAAGGUUCCCAUUGGGGGAUAUCCUGCUCUUCAUCGAGCACAAGAAAAAGCAAUGCCAGGGUCUGACGACCGGCCACGGCUGCUACGACAAGAUGGCGGACCGCCACAGCCCCUCGCCGCCCCGCACCGAGCUGAGAAAAGUGGUGGAACCGGUCGAAAUAGGAAUCCAGGUGACACCCGAGGAGAAAGAUGACAGACUGUUGACGCCCCCAAAAGGAAUUUGCCCGAAGCAAGAAAGUGGCCUGGCAGGUAGAGAUGAACCUUCAAGUUACAUAUGUACGACAUGCAAACAGCCCUUUACCAGCGCCUGGUUCCUACUACAGCAUGCUCAAAACACACACGGGAUCCGCAUCUAUUUGGAGACUAACCCCUUGAAUACCUCCCUGACUCCACGGAUCUCCAUUCCUCCCCCCAUCGGUGCUGAAUCCAUACCUCAGUCCCCACUGACCAACUUCUUGGGAGACAAUAACCCCUUCCACCUCCUACGGAUGACUGGGCCCCUACUACGGGAGCCCCCACCAGGCUUCAUGGAAAACCGUCUCCCUAAUACACCACCCUUUGUUAGCCCCCCUCCACGCCAUCACCUAGACCCCCAUCGCCUGGAACGCCUUAGUGCAGAGGAAAUGGGUUUAAUCUCCCAGCAUCCCAGUGCCUUUGAGAGAGUGAUGCGCAUGACACCCAUGGCCAUCGAGUCCCAAUCCAUGGAUUUCUCCCGACGGCUGAGGGAGCUUGCUGGGAACAACAACUCCACUCCACCACUGUCACCAAGCCGUGCCAACCCUAUGCAUCGCCUCCUCAAUCCCAACCCCUUCCAGCCCAGCCCCAAGUCACCCUUUCUGAGCACCCCUCCGUUGCCACCUAUGCCCCCUAAUAGCACCACCCCUCCUCAGACACAAGGCAAGACAAAGUCCUGCGAGUUCUGCGGUAAGACUUUCAAGUUUCAGAGUAAUUUGGUCGUACAUCGGCGAAGCCACACAGGUGAGAAACCCUACAAGUGCCAAUUGUGUGACCAUGCCUGUUCUCAAGCUAGCAAAUUGAAACGCCACAUGAAGACCCACAUGCAUAAGUCUGGCUCCAUGACUGGGCGCUCUGACGAUGGUCUGUCCAUUACCAGCUCACCCGAGCCGGGCACAAGUGAUGUCACUGGGGAGGGUAUGAAGAACAGGGAUGGCGACUUCAGAGGUGAGGGCAUGGGGCCCGAUAACGAGGAGGAGGAGGAAGAGGAAGAAGAAGAGGAGCUCGAAAAUGAGAGCAGGCCUGAGUCAAACUUCAGCAUGGACUCUGAGUUCAGUCGAAACAGGGAAAAUGGCUCAAAACCACAUUUGGAUGAGACGAACCUCUCCUUGGGUAAGAUGGUGGAAAAUGUGGGGCUCACCUCCAUCCAGCAGUACAAUAACUUGAUAGCUGACAAUCGUAAACGGCUUACGUUCUCCAAAAGGAUCUCGGAAGGGCAGAGGGACGCAGGCGUCGACGAUUCAGUAGUGGGGGAAAUGGACCAAGUGGAGCGUGCGACAGUGAAUGGAAGGAAUUGUGGCUCUGGUGACUCUUUCUCAGGCCUGUUUCCCCGCAAGCCCACUCCCAUCACCAGCCCCAGCCUCUCUAACUCCUCGAACAAGAGGAUCAAAAUAGAGAAGGACUUGGACAUACCCCCAGCUCCCCUAAUCCCAUCUGAAAACGUCUACUCCCAGUGGCUGGUUGGCUACGCGUCAUCCCGCCACUUCAUCAAAGAUCCCUUUCUUGGCUUCACCGAUUCCAGACAAUCUCCAUUUGCCACUUCCUCGGAACACUCCUCCGAAAACGGCAGUCUGCGAUUCUCCACACCACCAGGGGACCUGCUGGACGGGGGCCUCUCCGGCCGUAGUGGUACAGCUAGCGGAGGCAGCACCCCGCACCUGGGUGGGGGGCCCGGACCUGGCCGGCCCAGCUCAAAAGAGAGCCGGAGGAGUGACACCUGCGAGUACUGUGGAAAGGUGUUCAAGAACUGUAGCAAUCUGACAGUGCACAGACGCAGCCACACAGGCGAGAGGCCCUACAAGUGUGAGCUUUGCAACUACGCCUGUGCCCAGAGCAGCAAGCUCACUCGCCACAUGAAGACACACGGCCAGCUCGGACUUCCUGUGAUGUGUAGUUGAACGCUUUCUCAGAAGUAGCAUCACGCUUACAGAAUGCACAGCUGAAUUUUCUCUUUUUUUUGUUUUCUCUUCUAUAUAUAUAUAUAUAUAUAUAUAUAUAUAUAUAUAUAUAUAUAUAUAUAUAUAUAUAUUAUUAUUAUUUUUUUUUGCAAAAAGGGCUGCCUCUGUCAGCCUAAAUCACAGCCCUGAUUUAUUAGCAGUUAAACAGUCUUCUUUCAACAUGAGACCCUAACCACCACAAAUGAUUGAACCGAAGAAAUAUUGUGGUUUUAUAUAAACAAAUAAAUAAAUAAUAAAGAGGGAGAGAGAGAGACAGAGAGAGAGCACGAGAGAGAGAGAGAGAGAGAGAGGGAGAGAGAGAGAGAGAGAGAAAGUAAGCAUACACAUCUCUUUGCAGUUUACCCGCACUUUAUUAUGAUUUACACAUUUAAAAACAAGGGAGAAAACGGCUUCUGAGCAAGAAAUUAUGUUAAAAAACUGAUUUAUUGGGCCUUGCUAGAGGGAGCAUCUGAGAUUGAAGUGCCAGUGUUGAUAGGCUUGGCUUUCACAAUGCUGGCACUAUAAAAAUGAAAUUAAUUUAUUUGGACAGUUUUUGUACUGCCAUUCAAUUUGACAUGAGUGUGCCUUGAAUACUGAUCUUCCUAUUUAUUGUCUUAUAAGACAAAUGCAACACUUUUUGUGAAGCAAAGAAUAAAAAUAACACACACACACACACACACACACACACACACACACACACACAUAUAUAUAUAUUUUCCAUGUGGUUUUAAUCUGCUUCUAAAAUAAUGACCGAUAAAAAUAGAUAUCACAUCAUUUAAAUGAUUUAAAAUGAAAAGUAGCCAGCACAAUACUAAUGUGUGUCUAUGUGUGUAUAUAUGUAUGCAUAUGUACAUAUAACUGCACAAACUUCAGGACAAGACUGCGUCCCUUGAAAAUAAUAUAUGAUUCUUUUGCUACAAAUAGUCAAGGAAGAGAUAGGACAAAAAUCAGGAACUACAGAAACUUAAAGAAGAAGAAGGAAAAAAAAAAGUCAAACAUUUAGUGCACUCUGUCUUAAAAUAUGUUUACAGUAUUGAAACAAUUACAAGGGUAAAAUGCUAUUUCUAUGUAUGUGUGUUUUAAACAAAUUUUUUUUUAUUACCCCCACCCCAAGUUUGCUUAUAAAGUUUUUCUGAAUGUCACAGUGGCAUGUGUAUAUUGUUUUUUUUUUUUUUUUUUGGUGAUGGGAUAUAUAUAUAUAUAUAUAUAUAUAUAUAUAUAUAUAUAUAUAUAUGACAUUUCUCUUGUUUACUGUAAAAGUAUACCAGUAUUUGUAAUAUUGGAUAAUGCCGGGGCAUUUUACAAAAAAAAGAAUGGAAAGAAUUAUUAUUAUUUUUUUAUUAUUAUUAUUUCCAAUUAUAAUUUCUUUGCCUUUUUCUUUUCAAAAGUUUCCUUUUGCAGUCCAAUUUAAAUUGUGUGUCUCUAAAAUGUUUUGUCACUGUAACUGUAAAAGUCUUGAGUUUUAGUAAUUCUUUUCUGCCUUGGGUGUAUGAAAAUAAAGAUGAAAUUGAUUGAAAGAAAACUGCUAACAGAAUUUUUAGGCAAAGGGGCACGCAACAUUAUGUAUGGAAAUUUCCCUUAAGCAGGAAGAUGAUUACAGGAAAAAUACUGAGGCUCCUGUCAUGUUUAUCUCUCUGAUUUUUUCGUCAGUAAUGGAUUUUUUUUUUUUUUUUUUUUUUUUUUAAUGGCUGGAAUGAAAUAUGUGUGUAGGCAAUAUGAUGUGUGUGUGUGUGUGUGUGUGUGUGUGUGUAUGAUGUAUAUGUACACACAUUUGGCAGGAUACAAUUGUGAAAACUAAAAUUAAAAAUGUACAGAUGAGUUUAAGAGGUUGUCUGACCUUUUACUGUAGCUACAUAUACAGCAGUUCAUGUUUUGUUCACUCUUAUCUUGGUUGUAAAUAAUUGUAUAUGCUUGCCCAGAAUUAUUUUGUUUUCUCUCUCUUUCUUGAUCUUUGUGUGUGUGUGUGUGUGUGUGUGUGUGUGUGUGUGUGUAUUCUGACUAGCAGAGGCAGUAGUCUGUCUUUUUUUUUUUUUAACAAAUGCCCUUCAGUCCUCUGAUUUUGGGUGUAAUACCUGAUUUUGGGGCCUGUAUCGUACAGGUCUAUUAGCAUGAGACUUUUCCAAGUCAUUAUUGGUCAUUUAGUCUCAUCAUUUUUUAACCUGGGAGUAAAGAAAAAGGUCUGGAAAGUGUACAAAGUCUUUCUCUCUCUUGUUCUCCCUCUCUCGCACACGUACACGUUCACACAGAAAAUAGACUCACUCAUAAUAUACCUAAAAUAAUCAACUUUAAGGGGACACAAAUGUGUAGGUAUUAAUAGCCAAGCCAAACCUCACUGUAUAUGGUCUUCUCUUCAAAUGUGUGCAAUUCAGAUCAAAGUGUUUUGCCUCCAACCAAAGGCUACAAUUAGAGUAAUCAAGAACUACUAAAACUGACCACAUUCAUACAGACACGAAUCAAUCAACCUGACCCACCAUGUAUACUUUUGAACCCUUCCCAGAAUGUAUUAGACUGGUAUCUGCAUCUUAAAAAAGACGUAGCACUUUGUAGAGGCAAGAGAGCUUUGCAUGAUCAACCACACUCUUUGUUCACUCAUUUAUACAGUAGGUUCAUCUCAAAUGGCCGAUUAUGUUCACUUGUGUUAUACAAUUUGUUUUUGAAAGUCACCCUUCUAUGUAUAUUAUUAGUCUUUUUUUCUCCCUUAUUUCUUCCAAGCAUUAGAAACUGAUGCCCCUUGUUUGGACUAAGUCAACUUGGGUAUGCAGGUCUUGAAUAAUAAAAAAAAAAAAAGAAGAAUCUUUACUACUGUUUACUAUUUAUUUUACAUUAC